UUGCGUUAUAUUAUUAGUAAUCCCUGUCAUUAGCUGCUCUUUUGUUCAACAGCCGGCUAAGAAUUUACGUUUUUCCUCACUUUUUUUCAGAGACAUUGGAAUGGACUUUUUCAAUUAUUUUAAUGAUUGAAACUAUUGUGACAUUUCAUGCGACAUGCAUAACGCAAAUCCUUUCGUAUGAGUGUAUGUUUUUUAGUGCAAAAAGCGGAAAUAUGUUAAAUAUUUUCUGACCAGGUAACUAGGUUCUGGUGUGGAGUCUAUUGGAAAUUGGACACAAGGUAACUAAUCAGAAAGUUGUUUGAUUUUGUCCGCUACCCCUUCUCUCCGAGCUUUAGUAUUUGUAAUGUCGUCAAAUCCGUACAUGGCUGCGGGUGACUUGCGUCAGAAAGUAACAGGCCUUCGACGUCAACUCAGUCACCCACACCUGAACAAAUUCAAGGAGGCCAAAAAGGAAAUAGGCAGUAUAUAUGAUGAAAUUCUGAGUUAUGUUUCCGACUGUCAUAGAUUUACUGAGGAACAAAGUCAAGAAGAGAAAUUCUCCAGGCUGAUUGGCGAAGGCACGUUUUUAGAAGUUGAUCACCAGCUACAGAAAAUUCGCAAUAUUCAAGAAAUAAUCGCCCGUAACCAAAUGAAAUGUGCAUUUUUUGGGAGAACGUCAAAUGGUAAAAGUACUGUGAUAAAUGCAAUGCUGGGCUCAAAAUUAUUACCUUCUGGUUUGGGCCACACUACCAGUUGUUUCCUGCAGAUCCAAGGCACUGACCAAGAAACAGGAUACCUUCUUAUGGCAGAAUCUGGAACUGCUAGCAGCGAAUCGUCCGACAUUCCCAGCCAGGCUCGUCCUAUCGAUUCUGUUGGUCAGUUGGCACAUGCCCUCAGUAGUGUUAAACUUUCUGCGGACACGCUGUUGAAGAUAUUUUGGCCCAACUCACAUUGCAGACUACUUCGUGAAGAUGUUGUUCUUUUGGAUAGUCCCGGUAUUAAUGUAGAUCCUGAUAUGGAUAAGUGGAUCGAUCUUCAUUGCUUGGAUGCAGAUGUUUUUAUCCUCGUUGCUAAUGCCGAGUCAACAUUGAUGCAAGCUGAGAAGGAUUUCUUUCACAAAGUUAGUCAGAAGUUAUCCAAGCCUAACAUUUUUAUUAUUAAUAAUCGUUGGGAUGCUUCAGCAAAUGAAAUAGAAUAUGUAAACGAGGUUCGUGAACAACAUCUUCAGCGUUGUGUAGCAUUCCUUGUUGAUGAGUUGAAAGUUUGUUCACGUGCAGAAGCAGAAGGACAUGUGUUCUUUGUUUCGGCACGCGAAGCAUUAGCAAUGCGAACGAAAGCCAAUUUAGGUGAAAGCCCUCAUUCAGCUCCUCCUGGAGCAGCCACAAGCAUAGGAUCUCCUUUACCAGCAGUGGCCUAUAUGGCUGAAGGAUGGAAAGACAGGCUUUUAGAAUUUCAGAAUUUCGAAACAGUUUUCGAGAAAAAUCUUUCAGAGUCUGCUACCCGAACUAAAUUUGCUGCUCAUUCUGAACAAGGUAAAGAUGUGGUGAAUAGAUUUCGAACAAUAAUGGAAAACAUCUAUGAAACUACUGUUGAAGAAAAAGAUGCUGCUGUUCGAUGUCGUCGUCUGUCCCAAGCACAUUUAGAAGAAGUACGAGCUCGAUUGAUGAAGGUAACUCAAGCUGUGGAUGAAAUGCUACAUGCUAGUUUAGCUCGCGUUGAAGCUCAAGUUGCCAGUGCUUUAAAUUCUGAGAUUCGACGCCUAAGUGAACUUGUUGAUAGUUAUUCACGUCCUUUCCAUCCAGAUCCAGCUUUAUUACACGUAUACAAACGAGAACUAAACACGCAUGUUGAGCGGGAAUUGGGUCGUAAACUUACUGAAGCUUGUUCUAGUGAUAUUCUCAAUGAAGUUGCCAGAUGUGAACAGUUAAUGAUGAAUAAGCAUGCUGCAAUUGUUUCAGAUGAAGCCUGUAAAAGUCGCAUCCUUCAAUUAGUGGAUCCUACAGCAUUUUCGCCAGAAUUUCAUGUUGACUGUCGUAAUCUUUGCGCUAAUUUUCGUGAAGAUAUACAGUUUCGUUUUUCUCUUGGUUUGGGUACAUUAUUUCAAAGACUAUCAACUCCACGUCGUUCAGCAACUGGCUAUCACUGGACACAAUCUGAUGGGAUUUCUUCUAGUUUCGUUAAUUCAUCUUUAUUGGCCAGAUCUCCGAUGAGUAUUGAUUUAUUCCCAUCGCUAAUGAGUCGAAGCUCUGUUGGAGCGGUUAUUCUCUUGGGAAUCCUAUCAAAAGCUGUUGGAUGGCGUGUUCUAGCUGUUGCAUCUGGUAUAUACGGUGGUCUUUAUCUUUAUGAACGUCUUUCUUGGACAAAUAAAGCAAAAGAAGCAGCUUUUAAACGUCAAUACGUCGAUUUUGCAUCACACAAAUUACGUCUAAUCGUUGAUCUGACUAGUACAAAUGCACGUCAUCAAGCUAAAAGAGAAUUACAUUUGGCUCAUAAAAAAUUAUCCAGUGAAGUGGAACUUUUUGGUGAUAGCCUUGUUGAAGAAGUAAAACAAUUGGAUAAUGAUAUCAGCCGUUUAGAUUUAAUAACUGCAGAUGCAAAGAAAUUGAAAAACCGGGCUAAUUAUUUGGCCUCUAAAUUAUCGAAAUUCCAUGAAACGUUUAUUCUAAAUCCAUGGGAUGAAGCUAAUUAACAAAUUAAUUUCGUCAGUUGAAACUACUUGCUCGGAGAAUGAACAAAAAUAUGUAUACCUGAGAUAAUUAGAAGCUUGUCAAAAGUUUACUAACUACUUAGCUUUAUUUUCUGAGUAGUAGUAUAAUAUGUAUAUUUCGUUUUUUCCUCUCUCUCUCUGAAAUGUGAUCAUUAGGUUCUAUUUUAAUGACUUUCGCUGUUUAAUUACUGCAUACCUUUUUCUUGUUUUCUUAUGCGUAUGCACAAACUAUCGGUUAUAACGUAGAAAAUGAAAUACUUUCAGAGUUCGAAAAAAAGUUUGAGUGCAAUAUUACGUCCUACUUGUCUUCAGCUAAUAUUUAUGAAUAUAUAUGCUUUACAUUUCUGCGAAUACAGAUUCACGCUUAUGUGGUUAUAUGAUGUAUGUGUUUGUCAACACAGUGGUGGUCGCCUAGACGAAUGUUUUGUAGUCACAUUAUACUUUGUUAUUUUUCGUUCUUCUUCUUCUUCUUGUCGUUGUUGUUCCUACUGCUAUCAGCCAUGUCAUCAUUAUUUUUCAAGUUUUUAAAUGUAUGCAUGUACUCCAAGACAAGAUGACAACGAUUUACUUUUGUACUUCAGCUUAAAAGCAUAAUUUCAUUUAGUCAAUAAAUGAGUAUUACUUCCUCCUCCCCCUCCUCAUUAUUAUUAUUAUUAUUAUGUAAUUAACCGUUUGGUCAGUAUAACAUUUGUGGGUAAGGACCAAGUUAAACUUUAAGCACUCCUAACUACCAAUGAGGUGUGACCUCAACAAUGACCUUGAAGCGCUCACUGAGCCAGUUAGUGUUGUCAUCAUUAGUUAAACAUGCUCAUCGAAGUGUUAGGUUAUCUGGGAUGUUUCAACUUAGGUUUGGGAAGAAUUAAGUUGCAGUUUAGGCCAAGGACAAGUUAGGGUUAGGCUAACCUAUUAAAGGUGACAUUAGAGUUGGUUUAGUCAUAUUUUCCUGUUUGAGCUAGGUUUAGGAAAGAUUAGGGUUGUUGUUGGUGUUAGAAGACCGAAAUAAUUACGUGCAUAGAAUGUAGUUAAAUUACUCUGUUGAUAUAAGAAUAGAAUUGUGCACUGUGGUAGGGUAUAAUUCCAUUGUGGGUAAAAUUUAUUCUGAUAAAGGCUCACAGUGUUAUUAUACAGUAAUAUUUACUGAUGACGUUUCGAGCACAGUUUAUUGCCCAGUAAAUGUUACUGCAUAACACUAUGAGACUUUAUGAAAAUAAAUUUUACUCUGUUGAUACUCCAACCUAAAACUGAGAGCUAGUUUUAUCAAAUGUGAGAGAAAGAUAUCCUCUAUAACACUUUUAAAAAGUUUUUACAUAUUAUUUUCAUAAAUAUAUGUAUUUCAUACACAAAAAUGCCUCUUGCACGUGAUUGGUGCUUUCGAGGUCAUUCGUUGAUUGGUAGCUGGUGGUGUUUAAAGGUUAACUUUGCCCAUAGCUAUACAUUAUUAGUAAUUGGAUGAUGUUUUAAGCGUAAUCUAUUGCUCAUAAUCAUGUCAAUGUGUUUACACAGCUUCAUAAUUUGCCUUAUAUAUAUGUCUCCCGCUUGUU